AUGCGCGAGGCACCAAUUGCCUUGAAUGGAUCAGUAUCAGGUGGGGGACUGCCUGAGAAGCUCCAUCAAAGACCAUUUGUCUGCUCGGUGGACGACUGUAACUCCAGCUACAGAAGGAAGGACCACCUUGCUAGACAUAUGCUUCAACAUGAGGGAAAACUUUUCGAAUGUCCUAUUGAAGACUGCAACCACCGAUUUGCAUAUCAGGGUAAUAUGAAACGGCAUGUUAAAGAGUUCCAUGUGAAACCUGUUUCUGUUGAUGUUGAUACUCCAAAGGAAUAUGUCUGUGGAGAGCGUGGGUGUGGAAAGGCCUUCAAGUAUCCAUCGAGAUUGCGUAAGCACGAGAGUUCUCAUGUUAAGUUGGACUCAGUCGAAGCACUAUGUGGAGAGCCCGGCUGUAUGAAAUAUUUCAGUAAUGUGCAGUGCCUUAAAGAGCAUAUUAGGUCAUGUCAUCAGUACAUCAAAUGCGAUAAAUGUGGCCAAAAGCAGCUGAAAAAGAACAUUAAACGUCACAUGCGCUUCCAUGAGUCAGAUAUUUCCUCUGAGAGAAUCAAAUGCUGGGUCGAGGGAUGUUCACUUAUGUUUUCUAAUACCUCAAAUCUCAAGAAGCACGUCAAAGCUGUUCACUUAGAACUAAAACCAUUUGCCUGCGGCAUGCCUGGUUGUGGAAUGAAAUUUGCAUAUAAGCAUGUGAGGAACAACCAUGAAACUUCCCGGUCUCACGUCUAUACUCCUGGAGAUUUUGAGGAGUCGGAUGAACAAUUUAGGUCAAUGCCAAGAGGUGGCCGGAAAAGGAAGUUCCCAGUUAUCGAGACACUGUUGAGGAAAAGGGUUUUCCUGCCCAGUGAAUCUGAACUUGAUAUGACCUCGACUGAGGAAAAUGGUAUGGUUAGUCCCAUUAUCUGCUGA